GCGAACGUUGAAUUUAACGGUCGGUUUGGCAGUGAAAGUGGAAAGUGGAAGCCAUCGCCGUGCUCCACGAGCCUGGCCAGCGAAUUGUUUGGUGCGGAAAAUAAAAAACAAAAAUUACAAAAAAUAGCAAAAAUAUAUACAAACCACCAAAGAAAUAUGAAAGUGAAUGUUGGCCCCACAGAGGAAAUACAUUAAAGUGCACAGCUCGCUGAUAUAAUCCAGUUCAAACAAUUCGAAGGAAAAGUGUUUAGGUUGAAAAGUGUGUUCAAACAUUGCGUCAGUUAAGCUUGGAAAAUAAAAUCAAGUGAUACCACCACGCUUGGAGUUGGAGUCUGCAAAUUUGCUGAGCACUUCCGGGGAGCAAAACAGCUGGACACAAGGGACGUUUAUGAGUGCGUGAAGUGAAGUACUUGGCAGAUACCAAAUGGGUGCCGUAUGAAAUCAAAGAAAAAAUAAAUCAAGACCAGAGGAAAAUCUUCGAAAUCGACGAAAAAGGUCGGGGACGUGCAACAAUUAACGGGCGGAAAUGGAAAUGUAUAAACAAUCAGCGAAAUGUGCAAAUUCGUGGAGUGCCAAUCGAAAGCCAGCUUGAGUGAAAGUGAAAAACUGCGGCGCGGGCAAAUUAUUAAUUAUCCGGCUGCUCUUUAGCGCGAUUUUCCCAGGGCGCAGUGCAGACAUUUUGUUUAUGAGCCAAUUUGCCAAGCGCAAAUAAAACCGAACCGCUGCCAGUCGAGCAUUAAUAAUUUGCAUAUUCAGUCCCAUCCCCAUUCAACCACCCCCCAAAAAGUCCUAAGAAACAGACAGUGCGGCGUGCGGCGUGCGGCGUUGAAGUGUUUAUUAAAUUGUCUUUGCCACAAAUGCAAGACAUUUGGCCGACACGCGUCGCAAUAGUAUUUUCUCCCUCGAAAUGUUGGAGUUGCAACUUUGCGGAGAUUUGUCAGCCGGCGACUUGAGCGAAAUUCCCAAAAUGGGACACCAAAGGGCCACGGAUACGGGACAUCGCCAGAUCCGGAGCCACAGAAAAUCCGACUGCCGGACUUUUCCAACCAGAUGCCUCCUGCUGCUCCUCGGCGUUCUACUUCUGAGCAUGGAGCUCGUCGAAUGCGCGCUGCGCAAUGUCAAUUUAAUAAUCGAACCACCGGCGGUGCGACGGGGCCAGCAUGUGGUGCUGCGUUGCAUGUACGACCUGGACGGGGCUCCACUGUACUCGGCCAAGUUCUAUCGUGGCCAGCUGGAGUUCUACCGCUACACGCCCGGCGAGUUCCCGAAUACGAAAGUGUUUCCAUUCCCCGGCAUUCAUGUGGAUGUAAGCAGCUCCAAUGCCACCCAGGUGCUGUUGCGCAACGUGGGAUUCGGUCUCUCUGGCAACUUUUCAUGCGAAGUGACCGCCGAUGCCCCGCUCUUCUCAACCGCCACCGCAGUGGACACCAUGCAAGUUGUUGAACUGCCCGAGAAGCGUCCGCAGGUUUUCACGGAACACACACGCUACGAGCCCGGCGAUGUCCUGCGGGCCAAUUGCAGCACACCGCCGUCGCGUCCGCGGGCAGAACUCACAUUCACCAUCAACAACAUGGUGAUAACCAAUGUGGACACCGAGUACAUUCGCACCAUCGAUAAUCUGAUUGCCACGCGGAUCUCGCUGAAGAUGCAACUGCAGGGCAUUCACUUUUCCAGCGUGAAUCCGGCCAUCUACAAUAACGUUUACGGGCUGAACUCGGUUUACGGGCAUGGAGGACCGGUUUAUGCCCCGAAUUCGAAUCCUGGCGGAUUACUUUUGCGCUGCUCGGCGCAAAUCGGGGAUCUAUACCAGGAGUACAAGGAAAUCGAGCUGGGCACUCCGCAAAAGGAUCCGGUACCGGCACGUGUCACGCUCUCAUCCGACACGAGCUUGAAGAACUUUUUCAGCUCGUAUUUCUCGACCUCGGCAUCGGCGGCAUCGCGACUCCUGCCCGGCGUCUACAUGGCGCCGCUUAUAAUGGCCAUGCUGGCUAGUUUAUUCCGGCUAAUUGAGGCUGCAUUUGAGCCCUGCGAUGCCAGCAGCCAGGAUCCACAGUCACAGACCGGACAUUCGAUGGAACAUUCCAGGGAGCGAAGGGAGUCCAAGGAGCGUCCAGCUCUUGUGUCCAGCUGCAGCGCCUCCAAGGCGUCCAGACAGCAACUGGCCUGGCCAGGAUCACGGACAGAAAGUCUGGGUCUGGCCUAGGCGUGUGUUACGAGUUAGUUAAAGCCCUAAGUAAUUCGAAAUAUAUUGGGGGAGUUCGCUAGACCUGGGCAAUUAAUAAGUAUUUAGGUGAUCAAACUUGCGAUACGAAGGGCUUGAAUAAAACUUAAUCACGCCACAUUUGAAAAUCAUUUUAGAAGCCGCGAAGAAACUCUCAGUGAGAUACAAAUUCAUUACCCAUUAAUUAGUUCAACGUUUAUUAUUUAAACAGGUCUAGGGAACACCCUCUAUUCGUUGAUUUCAAGUAUCUUCUUUUGAUGCCUGCUUUUCAUGUUAACUCUUAUUUUACACCAAAAACCACACUUUGAGAUGUGGCGUCUACUAGCGAGCUAAAGAGAAAAAAACAAAUUAAGUUUAAGCAAACAUUUAUAAACUAGCCUAGUCAUAAACAAGAAAACUGGAGGUUGGACAGCAGAACAGAAGAGUUUAAAACCUAUAAAGCAGGACAUACACAAUUCAAAUAUAAAUGUUUACACGAACGAGAUACAGUAAAGGGAGAAUAUGCUAAGUACAUGAAAUUACUGAUUCUACUUUUAAUGUGCAAAAUAACACAAAAAUAAACAGAGCAGCAUAACAAACCAAAGCCAGAAAUCAAAGGUGUGUAUCCGAGGGAGGGGAAAUGUGUGUAAAAUAUAUUUAAUGAAACAUAUUAAACUAAUUUAAUUUAAAGUAAAUAAAUCAAAGCCUUGUAUGGGCAUAUUGUAAAUGGUGGUGAAAUUAAAUAAAAUGUGUGUUAAUUUUAAA